AUGCUGGCGACGUCCGCGACCGCUGUGUCCUGCACGGCAGACCAAGAUACGGAGAUCACGAAUUUCUUGGCGGCCCACGUCUCGACCUCGUGCAUUGCGAGCAGACCCAGCUGGAAGAGCUCGAUGACGUUCGCGGAUGGACUCGACGACGAUCAGUACCUCAUGUGCCGGCCGCCGUGCAAGGCCGACCUGCAGAGCCUCACGAGCAGCAUUCCAGAGUGCGUUAAUGACGCCGGAACAUUCACCAAGGUCGCGCAACUAAAUCAACUGUGCACCGACAUGACGCGUCCAACGACCAACGGCGUCAUGGCGCUAUGUGGCUCCGCCACCUGCUCGGCCUUCAUCAACGCGAUGGCCAAUUUGAUGCCCAACUGCGUCGACACGUACGGGGACAAUACGAUGGACGAAUUCCGACAUCGGUAUGGGUGCAUGCCUGCAGCAGUCGGGACCAAUUGCUCCAUGGUGGAUAUGGCCGUCAAGCACGAUGCAUAUAAUGCGUACCUUUGGUACAACUGCUCGAGCUUUCUCAACGCUUCUUAUCUUGCGAUGUUCAGUGACCUCGAGUACAGUCUUUCUCUUAUCAAGACACCAGAAGACGCGCCAUCGGGCUUUUGCACGUCGGCCUGCCCAGCAAACUACUUGUGGAUGAAAAAGACGCUUCCAUCCUGCACCUAUAUCUAUGGUGGUGAGAUGUUGUCCGACCCAAGUCCUCUCUACCGCAUCUGCCCCAACCUAAAGCCAGCGCCGUCAUCCGCUCCGACACGCGCUCCGACGCGUGCUCCGAUACGCACUCCGACACGCGCCCCGACACCUGCGCCAACGCCCGCGCCAGCUCUGACUUGCCCUCUUCGCGGCUCGUACCGUGCGACGGGAAUGCGCAUGGACCUUGCCACCUCUGGGGAUUUCACCGAGUCGCACGAUGGCAGCGGCAGCACGUGCUCGACGACGGGAACGUAUGCGGUCUCGGGUCCAAUGGCAACUUUCACCGUGUCGACUGUCACGGGUGUCUGCAGCAGCGUCUUUACGCCCUACGCAAAGCACUCGGUGCCCAUUUCGUUCUCCACCGACUGCAACCAACUCACACUCAGCUACACGGGCACCACAUCGACGCUGCAGCGAACAUCCAACGCAGAGACCGCGGCCACGAGUGCGAUGCUGCUUCUUGGCGUUUUCCUCGCGUGGGGGGCGCUCUAA